CUAGCCUGUGGGCUCAAAGGGGGGGGGGCUCGGAGCGCACUCGCCAUGCUGACUGUUCGCCCACCCUCCGAAGUCAUGGUGCUCGGCGAUGGCAGAUCGUAGAGGCUAUACGCCGCUGGCGCGCCACGAGAGCCAGGAGAUCGAGCUCGCGACGGACGACGAGGGCGGGCCCCGCGACCUGCUCGGGUUCGAGGGCGCUGCCCUGCGCAGCGCAGGCCGCCCUACCUGCGCCGCGCUGAGCGUCGCCGGGGUGCCGCUGGCUGCCUCGCUGGUGGCGCUGCUGCUGCUGGCGCACCGCCUGCAGCCGGACAGCGCGGGGCGCCGCGCGGACCACGCCGCCCGCGGCGCCCCCGAGGCCGCCGCGCCCCUCGGCGCCACGAGGCCGGUGGCGGCUCCCGCGGCGGGCGCUUCGCCUGCGGCAGGCACGGGCCGCUCCGCCGGCCGUGCGGGGCGGCGGGACGGGCACGGCCGCGCCGCCGCCAGCCACAGCUCCUCGACGACGUCCAUCACCAGCAGCAGAAGCGCCUCGACGACGUCGACCAGCACCACCACCAGCGUGCCGGUGCGCCUCUGGAACCCCUCCGCGACGUCCACCACCACCACGUCGUCGGCGGCUAGGCGCCAGCCCGAGCUUGCGCACGGGACCCCUAGGGGCGGGGCCGAGGCAGGCGCUGAGCGCCACACGGCGCUGCCGUCGCUCUUCUGCUUCCUUGUGAUGAUGGCCGGUAGUGGUGAGCAGGAGCUCGUCGUGUCCCAGCUGGAGCGGGAGGGGGGCAUCUUCGGCUGCGAGUCGCGGACGGUAUUUAGUGACCAGGAGGUCCUGCUGCGCGCCGGCCAGCUCCAGGUGCUCACCCGCGCGGUGGCCAUGCCGAGCUCCGAGGUCGGCGACACCGCAAAGCCUGGGCAGACGACCAGCUCGUGGCUGAACGCCGCCACGUUCGAGCAGGUCUGGCGCGGCGUGCGGGGCGACGGCAGCUUCAAGAGCCACGCCUGGACCGCCAAGCUGGACCCCGACACCGUCUUCUUCCCCGAGCGCCUGCGCCGGCGGCUCGCCCGCGUCGACGGGGCGGGUUCGGCCGGGCUGUACCUGCUGAACUGCCCCCGCUUGGGCGGCAUGCUCUUCGGGGGCAUCGAGGUCCUGUCGCGCAGGGCCGUGGAGCUGUUCCUCGAGGGCGAGGCGCUGUGCAGGAGCGAACUCGACUGGAGCGGCUGGGGGGAGGACUCGGGGGCCACGGGCAACGCUGGGGAGGAGAUAGGCUCAGAGGCUUUGAGGCUUUCGGAGAUUCUCGUGUGUUCCCGCAGGUUUCCCUGCCUCGGGACGCUCUCCAGCAGCUGCGCCUCGCCGAGAGCACUCCAGGGGUGCCCAGGUCGUCCCGAGUGGCCGCCGGGGAGCCGA